AUGCCUCCUCCUCCAUCGAGGACGUCAAUAGCUGUGCGUGCAUGUGACUCAUGCCGCCGACGAAAGGUCAAGUGUGAUGCAUCAGCUAUCUGCACCAAUUGCCAGAUCUCUAAAAUCUCGUGCCGGUACACACUCGUACCGAGGAAAAGAGGUCCAAAGGUCGCCGCCCAGAACCCAGACGUGAGACGAAGGAGGGGUCGAAAAGCCUUGGAUGGCACCGCGGACCCACAGCGCUACAACGACGCUAAUGAAGCCCAGCUGCCGGCCGAAGCAACUCCGGCACCAGCACCACAGCCUGACUGUGUGGUGGGCUCACGUUCAUAUCGAAGUCAUGAGCAGGUGGUGCCGUCGUCCACGGCGCCUUCGUGUGAGGCCAUUCGGAACUGCUUGGCUCGGUCAAUAAGCGCUGCCAUGCCGUCAUUGGUCUUGCGCGAUGCCGUCAGCCGUUGCGUUGACCUAUACAUCCAAUAUGUUUUUCCGACCUCUCCAUCAGUUCACGAGUCGAGUUUGCGUGCAGCUGCUGACAAGUCGUUCCCUGAUGUCUGCGUCACGAACCCGCUUUAUACAGAAGACUGGCAAGCAGAUUUGGAACACAUGAGAAGCUUUGCGCUGGUGACUGCACUGUGUGCUUCGGUUGCCUCACUUAUGCCUGCAUCUCUCCUACCAUACGGAAUGGCGAUCGCACAGCCACUUCUGACGGCUUCUCGGGACAUGCUUAAGUUAUUCGAAGAUGCCGAUGUUGAGAACCCUUGCUCAACUUCCAUCACCACCAGGAUACUACAUUGCAACGCUCUGCAGCAUGUCACUGGGAAAGCUGCAUUAGCCAAUCAUGUACUCGGUCAUGCAAUCCUUCUCAUUCGUACGAUGAGUCUGCAUAGUGAAAAAGCCCUUGCACGUUUUAAUUCAUUGGAAGCUCAGACGCUACGUCUUAUUUAUUGGCAGAUGUACGCAGCAGAUAAAGCAUCUGCAUGUUUGAAGAGCCGCGCAUAUUAUCUGCACGAGUUGCUGUUUGAGGAAGAGCCAACGACGAAUGUUUGCACUGAGUUUCAGGUCCCCAUGCUUGACACAUCGAAUUGCUGGUAUGAGAAGCAAUUCGAAGAACGCAUCUUGGUUGGCUUCCACUUAAUUCCUCGUUUAUGGUCCACGGCAGCGAAUCUCAUCUUUGAAAUGAGAACUUACGCAAAAGGAGACCAAGCCUCUAGUAAGGCAUACUUGACUGAAGGCUAUAUGGGAUUUCUUGGCAUCAUGGAUGGAUUUCCAGCCUGGCUACAAGCUUCAAGACUUAUUGCCUCGGGCGACGAUGACGACGUUGCGCGUUUCCGGAAAUCAUCAUUCUGGGUUCAAAGGUGUACAAUUUUAGUCACGUUCCAAUGCCUGCGGCUCGUUAUCCUGCAGCAAUGUAUUCUAAGCAAGAUCUGGGGUGUCAUGGGUCUCAGUGAUGAUGCUUUCACGUUGGCAAUGACUCAAAUUAGCAUGGUUCACGAAUUCUUACAGACACUGGAUGAUAUACCAUUUGUUUAUCUUCAGGUCAAAGGGGAGCCUAUGGUUCGUACUCCGUAUUCACCAUCCAUGAGCAAAUCACUAACGCCAAGACCGCUAGGUGGAAAGAAUCCGCUGGGUUGGGAGUCUGCUUCUCCAAAUCCUCGAUAA